GAUGGAUUCUUCGGAUUGUCCUGUGAUAACUGCUCUGUUGGUUGUAUCAAUCUUUCUUGUGACAACAUAUACGGAAAUCGUAGUCCAUGCAUACCUGGAUAUUAUGGUGAUAUCUGCAACACAAGCUGCCCGUCCAAUUGCAAAGGGGAUAUAUGUAAUCAGACCAGUGGGUUAUGUACAGAAUGUGGACCCGGGCUGUAUGACAUUGACUGUAAGCAGACUUGUCCGGUGCACUGUCGAGACUCACUAUGUGCCAGAAGUAGCGGGGAUUGUUCAGCAUGUGAACCUGGUUUCUUUGGACAAAAUUGUAGUAUGUCAUGUUCUGGUCAUUGUAACAAUGAGGAAUGUCAACAGAACAACGGAACGUGCAUAGCUUGUACAAGUGGAUAUUUUGGACCUGACUGUGAAGAGAAAUGCGGGCAGUGCAGUGCUUUGGCAUGCACCAGGUCUGUCGGACAAUGCUUAUGUCGCGACAUGACACACGGAACAUGCGGGUGUAAAAAUGGCUGGGAAGGAGAGAAGUGCACUACAAAAAAGUUGAUGUCAGUCUCAGGCGACCAAACAGGAACGUACUCACACACUUCGAUGUCGGGGUAUCUGAUGACACAGUUUCCUCUAAUGGACACCAUCGAUGAUUUCUGGACAAUGGUGUUUGACUACAGCUGUGAAAACAUCGUCGUCCUCGGAAAACCAACAGAACGAUCCGGCAGUGAGAGUGAGACUAUCAUGAUCUUCAGCCUGUCCCAGUGGUCACCGGACCGGUUUACUGCCUCCAUCUGA